AUAACACCUAAAGAUUUUUAUCAUAAAGUUUGGCCAUUUGAACAAAUUUUACAGAAAGAUCUUAAAGAAGGAUUAUUGUCAUUUUAUCUUACAAAAGAACCACCAAAACAUGUCCCAUUGCUUGAACCAAGAAUUUUAAAAAAAAAUAUUGAUUCUGAAAUUAUUUCUUAUAAUCAUGCUGCAUUGAUUACCGGUUGGAUUAAUCGUAAAAAUCCACAAUCAUUAUUUGGUCUGUAUUCACAAAACUUUAAUUUAACAAAGUCGUCAUCCUCAACACCAACAUAUUUUGAUAUCAAAGAUUUUAGAAUUAAAGAUAAAGGAGCACAUGUUCCAUAUCGACUUCGAUUGAUAUAUAGAGCAUCAAGAGAUGGAUUUACCUUUGAUUCGUUUCAUAAACAUGUUGAUAAUAAAGGUCCAACCGUAGUAUUCAUCAAAAUUGGUAGUAACUACGCAGAAUGUAUAGGUGGGUAUAAUCCGGUUGGAUGGUAUUCUUAUGGGAGUUAUAUAGCCACGGGAGAUAGUUUUAUAUUUUAUUUGCCAUUGAAUGAAGAUGAAAGUCAUAAUAGUCAUAAAAUUAGCCGAAUUAGACCAUAUUUUAUAGAUGGAGCAAUAUUUGAUACGUCAAAUCAUGGUGCAUGUUUUGGAUACGGCGAUAUUUGGUUCGGAAAUAGAGAAAGACCAAGGUAUGGAUCCUGUACCCGAGUUUAUUAUGAAAAUACAAUAAGGGAUACAGAAGACGAAUUUUAUGCGGAAGAAAUAGAGGUAUUUCAAGUUGUAGAAAAUUAG